AUGGCCGGCUUGCUAGGCCGUGCGCCUCCAAUAGUCUAUUAUACAGCAGUAUCUGCAGCACUACUAGGAAUUGUGGUCGCUCGUGCCCUUGACACGUAUCACAACUUCUAUGCCGCCGCCUUUUCGCUCUCGCAGAGCAAUGGCAGCGUAUUGGUUAUGUCAAAUAUGGCCCUCCUCACGCUCUAUCUAUUCGGGCGGAUGCUCCAGUUCAUCUUCUUUGGUCAACUGCGGCCUCAAGAAAUCGAGCGACUCUACUCUCGAGGCGGGUUCUUUGUGACCGACUUUAUGCUGGCGUUUGCAACGUUCAGAGAGGCAUUUGGCAUCUCCUCUGGAGUGAUGGUUGCCGUGCUUUUAUUCGCAAAAUGCUUCCAUUGGUUGUUGGCCGACAGAAUUGAAGCCAUUGACCAGCUGCCUUACCCGGGUCCCAAACGGCUAGAGCACGCUCGGCUCAUUGCGCUCUUCUUCACGCUGUGGAUAUUUGACACCAUCAUGUUCACCUACACCGUCGACGCGGCAUUUCAGAAGGGAAUUGGACUGACCGUAUUGUUCGCGGCAGAGUACGCGAUUCUACUUAUAAACCUCGCCCAAUCGGUCCUCAAAUACCUGUUGACUAUGAUCGACAUUCGCCGCGCGGCUAAUAUUGGCGGCGCUACUGCCCCUCCAUGGGAAGACAAGCCAAUUUAUAGUUUCUAUAUCGAGCUUUCGACUGCCUUUGUUGAACUCAGCAUCUAUCUUACCUAUUUCACUCUGAUGUCCAUCUAUGAUUCGAUUCCUGUAUACGCCAUACGUGACGUAUAUGUUGCGGGAAGCCUGUUCUUCAGCCGUUCUCUUGCUUUCAUUCGCUACAAGCGUGCAAUGAGAGCGUUGGACGUUUUCCCCACGCCAACGUAUCAAGAAUUGGCAAGCAAAAGCGACAACACCUGUAUCGUGUGCCGCGAAGAAUUGCAUGUACCACCACCCACCCCGGUGCAAGGAGCAUCACCGAUCGCUCCAACCGCUCAGCCGACUGAGCCAGUAGAAGAGUCCUCCAAUGGGCCACCAAAGAAACUCCCAUGUGGACAUAUAUUCCACUUGAACUGUCUGAGAUCCUGGUUUGAACGACAAUUAACCUGUCCUACUUGUCGAAGACGGGUGGAUGAAGCGCAGCCCAGAGCCCCUGGAGGUACCCAAAAUCCCGCAGGUGGUCAAGCCGGAGCGGCGAGAAACAACGGUCUAGAUGCUGCACGACAGCCUCCUGCCGCAGGUGGUGCGGCGGGGAAUCCCCGUCGUGCAGCAAACAACCCCGCCGCAGCUGGUGGGCCUGCAGACGCUGCAGUGCCGCCGUUGCGAGAGCCCCUCAGGUUUGAAGGGUUCUUUCUAAUGCCAGGUGCAUUCAUUCCGUGGCUGGGCGGUCCAAUCCUGGUCAGAGAUCCAACAGCACCCUUGCCCCCACCUGCCAGACCAAAUGCUGGCCCUCAACAACGGACUCGUCCGCCAAAUGUGGCACCAUCCAACUUGGGAGCAUCGGUCACCACGGCCCCAUCAACACCAUCCCAUACUGCUACGCCCAGCACUUCAACCGUAUUUAAUAUUGGAACACCAAGCCAACUUGCUGCAUCGAAUGCGCCCGCGCCAUCUACAGAAGGCUCUUCCUCUACGACAAAGUCGAGUGUCUCUGAAGACGAUGACACAUCUUCAGAAAGCUCGACCUCGGAAGUAGGCACUUCAAUCGAAGAGAGGAGGCGUAUUGCUGCAGAAGCCGCUCUCAGACGUAAUCAGGCGAUUAACUCUCGUGGGUUGCCUUCAACUCCCUCGACGCCCACUCCGACACAGCGACCUGCCGCAUCUCCAUUCUCUCGUGCGUCAUUCCCGAGGCCUCAAGAGACUGAGCAGGCAGAGGAGUACAGGAGAUACUUUGCUACUUCGGUUGAUCUCUCAUCGCCAACCAUGAAAGCCAAUGUCCCACUUCACCCUUCAAGAGUUGCGAAUUCACCCAACUUGGGACAGUAUCACAUCCGACCAGAUGCGCCUGCAUUCGUCCCUCUAUUCCACAAUUUCCAUCAGCCACUUGCCGGGUCGUACGUUGGUCCCACCAAACCUUGGCCUACCUUGACUGCGAAUGGAGGCACACAAACUCUUCCAUUUCCGCAGCCAAAUUCAUUGUCUCAAUAUACGCAUGCUACAGCAGGUAUCACUCAUCCUCCAAGUCCAAGCCCGGGGAUGAUACGCGGUGGCACCUUUCCUCGUCCCUCGACACCAACUCAUCUCCCCCUUCAUCAUUCUCAGCCAGGUCCAUCAGGUCUUUCACACCAACGAGGCUCGAUCUCCUUCCGUCCUGGAGAAAUGAAGCGCGAGUCUUCUCCCUCCCAAGAGCUCACCACCCAGCAACUCGAUAUCAUCACUCGUCUCCAAGUGGAAGAAAGGCUCAAGGUGCUAGAGAAUGUCAAGAGAAUGACGCAGCAGUGCAUCGACGAUCUAUUGGCAGUUCGAGGGACGAUACCAGCAGUAGAUUCACUGAGGGCUCGCAGCACAGAUACAAGGUCGACUGCCGCAUCAGAAUCUUCGGGUGUAUCUGAGCUCCCAUUACGCGUCAAGACGGAGUCGGUACCUCCCGUCCUUCCCGGAAGCCCACCUAUGCCCUCGCAGACGUCGAGUUUGGCUUCUGUAACCGCACAACUUACAUCACCUCUUCUAGUGGCCGAGGCAACGUCGAACAUUACACCGAUUCCAAGCAUCCAGACUGCGAUUGUUCCCAUCGCUGACACGCCAAACAUCUCUCCCAUUCCAACGCCACCAGCGGAACCAUCUGCCGCAAAUGUUUUGGCUGCGGAGCCCAUUAGUGUUCCUGAAGAAAAAGUGGACAUUUCCCUGGCGCCUGAGACGUUGGAGGUCACCCGAGUAGCGGAGCAAUCUGACGAAGAAGAGCUCUGA